UGCUUUCCUCUUAACUAUUCUACUAAGUAGUAUUACCUUUCCCCCUCCAAAACCCCAAACCCUAAAACAUACAAGUAAUUACAAACACUCCAAUUGGAGAGAGAGAGAGAAGAACGAAGAAUCCCAAUGCUCCUGUCUCAGCUUCUCUGCCUCUAGCUCCUUGGAUCUUCUCUUCGAGUAAUUUAUAAAACAAAUAAAAGCCACGCCGGCAAACUCCCUCCCCGAUCUACCCCUAUGAAGACCUACGAGGCAGAAAACUCCUCCCCUUUUCUCCUUCUGCUUCAUUUUCCACAUGGAGUCCCGUGCUUUGUUAUUACUAACCAACAACGCCGCAACCGAGGCGGAUUUCAAUCCUAGCAGCACCACUACUACUACUACUAACACCAUUUCUGUGAGUCCACUACCAACACCGUCGAAUAGCAACGCGGCGGCCGUCUCGAUAAUCUCCUCCGGCGGGAUCAAGAUGGUGAGGAAGAGGACCGCAUCCGAGAUCGAACAGCUCCAUACAACCCCGGCCCAGGCCGGGUACGACAGGUUUCUGCGCCGGCCGACCGCCGCCGCUGCCGUGGCGUCGAACCACCCCCUCUUCCCCCUUCCCUCCGCCGCCGCCGACAUGGGUUGCUUUAAUCUGGGCCCGGGCCUCCUGCCCAGCAACAUUUCCACCACCGCCACCAACCACUCCACUAUGACUAUGCUACCUUCUUCAACUAUGACGUCACCUGGGUCCGGUUCGGGAUUUUCCCACGACCCGCUCUCGCCUCAGCAGUACCACCACAACCAUAACCAUAAUAUUCGUCAAUCACAGCCCCCUUCUGUUUGUGUCUUCUCCGGUUUACCCUUAUUCCCACCCGAAACAAGCAAUCAAAACACGAACACUAGUACUCCCGUUGGUGUACCCUUUAGUACUACUACACGACCAGCAGCAGCAACAACAGAUACUUCUAUGGAGGAUAGCAACAAUAAUAAUACUGCAUGGAUAGACGGAAUCAUAAAAGAUCUCAUCCACUCCUCAGCCAACGUCUCCAUACCGCAACUCAUUCAGAACGUGAGGGAGAUCAUCCACCCGUGCAAUCCCAACCUCGCUUCCCUUCUCGAGUAUCGACUGCGCUCUCUGUCCUCCUCCUCGUCGUCGCCGACGGAGUUUUCGGAUUUGCAGAUCAGGCCGCAACAGAAUCACCACCACCAGCAAUUUCAUCCCAACCUCCAGCACCAUCAGCAGCAGCACCAAUUUCCCCUUCUUCCAGAUUCUCAUGCAAUGAACCAUCACUUGAUCAAUUUGGGAAUCACACCGCCGCCGCCGUUAACGCCCAAUAACAAUUCCACAAUCACAGCUGCACCCGUUAAUCAAGUGCACAAAUCACGACACCAGCAACAACAACAACAACAGCAGUUUUAUUCUCAGCCUCAACCUCAGCCCCAAGAAAAGCAACAACAGGAGGAAUCACCGCCACCCGACCCGGCAUCCACGGCGGCAUCGACACCGCAACCUUCGCCGUCGGCCACAGCGGCGGUCCUGGCGAAGGAGAGGAAGGAGGAGACGAGGCAGAAGAAAAGGGACGAAGAGGGGCUCCACCUCCUGACCUUACUCCUGAAAUGCGCCGAGUCCGUGGCGGCAGAUGACUUCGAAGAAGCGAAUAAAAUGCUGCUCGAGAUAUCGGAACUAUCGACCCCGUUCGGAACCUCGGCGCAGCGGGUCGCCGCGUAUUUCUCCGAGGCCAUGUCGGCGAGGCUCUUGAAUUCCUGUCUCGGUGUGUACGGCACCCUACCCGCGAUCUCGCACAGCCAGAAACUGGUCUCGGCGUUUCAGGUGUUCAACGGGAUAAGCCCAUUCGUGAAAUUCUCCCAUUUCACGGCAAAUCAAGCGAUACAGGAGGCGUUUGAACGGGAAGAAAGGGUGCAUAUCAUAGAUCUAGACAUCAUGCAAGGUUUACAAUGGCCGGGAUUGUUUCACAUAUUGGCGUCCCGGCCUGGUGGGCCGCCAUUUGUGCGGCUCACUGGGCUGGGGAUGUCAGUGGAGGCGUUGGAGGCCACGGGGAAGAGGUUGUCCGAUUUCGCGGAGAAGUUGGGGCUUCCGUUUGAGUUCCGGCCGGUGGCGGAGAAGGUUGGGAAUUUGGAUCCGGAGAUGCUGAAUGUGAGCAAGAGGGAGGCCGUGGCUGUUCACUGGUUGCAGCAUUCGCUUUAUGACGUGACGGGGUCGGAUACCCAUACCCUCUCACUCUUGCACAGGUUGGCCCCGAAAGUGGUGACCGUGGUAGAGCAAGACUUAAGCCAUGCAGGCUCAUUCUUGGGGAGGUUCGUGGAGGCCAUACACUACUACUCGGCCCUGUUCGACUCGCUUGGAGCAAGCUACGGGGAGGAGAGCGAGGAGCGACACGUGGUGGAGCAGCAGUUACUCUCAAGAGAGAUCCGAAACGUCCUGGCAGUCGGGGGCCCAUCGAGGAACGCCGAGAGAGAGGUUGUAAAGUUCAACAACUGGAGGGAGAAGCUUCAGCAGUCCGGAUUCAGGGGCAUCUCACUAGCAGGAAACGCGGCCGCCCAGGCCACACUCCUCCUUGGAAUGUUCCCUUCUGACGGGUACACCCUCAUCGAGGACAACGGCACGCUCAAACUUGGUUGGAAGGACCUUUGCCUGCUCACGGCUUCUGCCUGGAGACCUUCCUUUCAUAAGUACCCCAUGAGUUCCCUGGUGACUUGAAAAUCCAGCUCCUUGUUGUAGCAAUUAUACACUGUUUUCCCUUCCCUAUUUCCAGCAAUGCUAGGUUCCGGAAAACUGUCCCGAAUUUUGAAAUUACAAGGUUGAAAUUCACUUGGGCGCGUGAUGGCUGGCCGAUAUUCCAUUGGGUUAAGUUUGUCAGGCCACACUCUGAAACCCCAGUGUCUACUGGGAAAGUUUCUGGGACAAUAGAGUUUCCUUUUUCUUUCCUCA